CUGCUUUGCUGGCCAGUCGCCAUUCUCGCACCGCCGCCGUCCCCAACGCCAAAUCCCUCGCCUCGCCGCCGCCGCCCUCAGCGCCGCCUCGCCGCCGACCACUUCCCAGAGCCGCCUCGCCGCAGAUCACUGCCCUGCGCCGCCUCGCCGUCGACCACUCCCUGCGCCUGCCGAAACCCCUCCCCCGUGCGGCCGUUCCCCCAAGCCGCCUCUCCCUCCGCCCUCCCCUGUCGCCGGCUCGACGCUCGGCCAGCGACCCCUGCUGCUCCACAUCGUCAAAGCGCUAGCCCACAAGAUCGCAGGAACCAUGUCGUUCGCCGGCGUAUCCGUCGUCGCCGGCGGUGGCGGCAGGCUGCCGCGGCCGUCCGCGGAGUCGGACACGAUCUACUCCGGCUCCAGCGCGGCCAGCAGAGGCAGCUCCUACUAUCACCUGCUUGUGGUGGAAGGUUACUCCCGCAUCAAGGACCUGCCCAAUGGAGGCACAAUCAUGGGCCGCACUUUCAAAGCUGGAGGCUAUCGAUGGGUUCUGAGGUUCCAUCCCAAUGGUUAUUCCCCGGAGGAUGUCGGUUUCAUCUCUGUUUAUCUCGUGCUUGACCAGGAUGUUGCACGGCCUUUGAAGGUGCAUCUCCAGUUUAGUUUGGUUGAUGAGGUUAGCAAGCAAGAUCAGGCAUUCAUCCGUGCAAUCAAAGCAUGCGACUUCUCUGGCAGUGGCUCUACUUGGGGCCGCAGUUGUUUCAUAAAAGGCGAGGACCUUGAGAAUUCGGAGCAUCUCAAGGAUGAUUGUUUCACCAUCCGGUGCGAUUUCAUCAUCGCCCAAGCUGCUGCUGCUGCUCCCUUGGUAAAGGUGCCGUCAUCUAACAUAAGCGAGCAUCUGAGCCAUCUCUUAAUGACCAAGGUGGGCGCCGAUGUGACGUUCGAGGUCGGCCAUGAGACGUUCGCCGCCCACCGGUGUGUGCUCGCGUCCCGUUCCGCUGUAUUCAUGGCACAGCUCUUUGGCCCCAUGAAGGAGGGGACCACGGCGGCCGCCAUACGAAUACAAGACAUGGAACCGGACAUCUUCAAGGCACUGCUUGGUUUCAUCUACACUGACUUGAUGCCGGAGAUGGAGGCGGAAAGAGAAGCAGAAGUAGAAGAAGGUGGAGCUGAGGAGGUUACAUGGCUGCGUCACUUGCUUGCCGCGGCGGAUAGGUUUGAUCUCCAGAGGCUCAAGUCGAUGUGUGAAGAGAGGUUGCUGGAGCACAUAGAUUUGAGCUCGGUGUCGGCCAUCCUUGCGGUGGCAGCGCAGCUCCAAUGCUGUGGACUCAAGGAGGCGUGCCUGGAGUUCCUCAAAGUUCAGUCAGCUGCAGACUUGGGACAAGUCAUGGCGACCAGCGACUGGGAGCACAUAGGUGCAACCGAUCAUUCCGUUCUGAACCAGCUCAUCGCCAAGCUUGCUUCCAAAGUUUAGUUUGUCUGCUGUAACAGUGUCCUCAUGGGGUUUCUGGUAUGCAUAAGAGGAUCAAACAUAUGUGCGCAUGGCAUGGAUGGUUUAUAGAUUCAGUUAAGCAAACAUCAAUGUUGAUCUAUUGUCAUGCAUUCCUUUCAUGCAGUGUGAAUCUGAGUACAUACUCCGUACCUUGGCUUAAGCAA